ACAGCUUUGGCACGUGCUCCGAGGAGGAGGGAGUGCACCGAGCAAGCGCACACAGGCGGCUGGCACGCGGACAGAUGUCGCCUGGCUACCCACCCUUCCUUGGCUCCCGCUCUAGUUGGAAUGAUUGACAAGAAGACAUUCACCCAGCCAAUCACAGGGGAAGGAGACAAAUUAACAUAAAGCAGCCUGCUGCCUCUGGUUUCUUUGCGUGCUGCUGCGAACCGCCUCGCGUGCCGAAACAGCUGUGCGCAGAUUAGAACGUGCUGGUUGAAACGAUUGAAGUUAGAAGUUAAGAUUGCAAAACGAAUAUACCGUAUGCAAAUAAGCAUCUCCAGCCCGACUGCGCUCGCCGCUUUGUUGUUUGUCCCUCCAGGGCUGAUUGAGCAGCGCGUGACUGACAGCCCGCGGGGGUGUUGUCCAAUCAGCAGUCUGCCCCGCGCCCAAUGGGAAAUAAUAUAGUGACGAUGCCAGCAGACACCAUGGAGAAACCUACGGCAUCCCCAAUAGCAGGUGCCCCUGCUUGUGGAACUCACACUCCAGACAAACCAAAAAACGCCAGUGAGCACAGAAAGUCUUCCAAACCCAUCAUGGAAAAACGUCGGCGAGCGAGGAUAAACGAAAGUCUUGGUCAACUCAAAACGCUUAUCCUAGAUGCACUUAAGAAAGACAGUUCCAGACACUCGAAAUUGGAGAAAGCUGAUAUUUUGGAGAUGACAGUGAAACACUUGCGGAAUUUGCAGCGUAUACAGAUGACUGCGCUGACAGCCGACACAGCGGUGCUCAGUAAAUACCGGGCAGGAUACAACGAGUGCAUGAACGAGGUGACCCGCUUCUUGACCAGUUGUGAAGGGGUGAACACAGAGGUCAGGUCCCGCCUUCUUACGCACCUGUCAGGCUGCUUGGGCCAGACGAUCGCCAUGAACUACCCACAGCCAUGCCCGGCGCAACAGGCUCAGCUCGCGCAGCCCCUUCACGUGCAGCUACCUCCGACGUUGCCCAUCAACGGCGUCCCUAUGCCUGGCAAACUGAGUCCCGCCGAGGCGGUGUCGCCGAAGGUCUACGGGGGGUUCCAGCUUGUGCCGGCCACAGACGGACAGUUCGCCUUCCUCAUCCCCAACCCGGCCUUCGCUUCUGCUACCACCCCCGUUAUACCCCUCUACGCGAACGCGAGUGUGCCGGUAACCGUCAACGCCAGCCCGGUCCAUGCCAACUCGGCGCCUGCAAUGACCUCGCCAGUCCAGGGCAUGACUUCGUUUGCCGGCGUUUCCCGGACCGUCAGCCCAAUGAGCGUAAACGUUGGUUCGGAGAGCAGCGAGUCGGUCUGGCGACCUUGGUAAACUAACCAGAGGGAAGUUUACAGACUUGACAAAACACUUAACUUUUUCAUUAAAAUGGAAAAAUAACUGAAACGUUCCGUUUUAAGGAACAGCGUUUCUCCUCUGGUGGAAUAGACCUAUGUUAAAAGUUUUUGUUUUAAUUUAUUGGCUAAUUCCAAAAUUUGGGAUCUUAGUGAUGAAUAUGGUAUUCAUUCUUUUUGGAAAAUAAAAAAAUGUUUAUACUGAAGUUCUUUUUUUCUGAAAAGAUUUAGUUCCUUUUUACAAACAUGUCAAUGAUUGUUCCAUGCCAAAGCUGUUUUACAUUGUUAGUUUUACAUACUGUCUCCCAAGUGGGGAGUUUUGGAAUUAAUAAAUCAAAGAUAUAAAAUACAA